GCGGUCUGGUUCAACUCAGAGAGAGACGUAAAUCAAGCAUGGCUUUAUGCAAUGUCUUCCUUUAAGGCGCAGAAUUUCUCGCCCUCAAAAGUCUUGCUCCGAUUGCUACGACGGAAAGAUUUUGCCAUGAAUUUCUACUUUAGCCCUAAUUUCUCUCUAUAUUUCCGACCCCACGCAUCUGGAAAUGUCUUGAUCGGAGCCAACCAUACUUCUGCUCGAUUUUGUUCUCGAUAAUCUUCAUUGUUUUUCUCGUUUUUACCUUCAUUUUUUUGUGAUUAAUUUGACUGGAAUCGUGCAUUUGAAGCGUUGAUUCUCCUGCAAGUGUGAAGAGGACGAGUUCCGCAAUGCGAAGGUUUUUAUCUCUGAGGAAUUUGGUUAGGGCGCUCCUUAUUCCUGUGUUUCUCUUAGUUGCUCAUUUUUCUUAUGUUGUGAUUACCACUGGUGAGUCUUGUAUCACUGGAAAUUUCUGUUUCUCGCCCAAAAUUUCCAAGUAUCGUGCCGCCGGCUUACAUCCCAGAGCUUCGGCGAUAAUCGAUGGCACUGCCCCCACAGCUGAAGAACUGUUGCGUCGUGAUCUUUACACUAGUAAAGAUUGGAUCAAGGCCGUUCAAUUUUAUUCUUCAAUCUUUCAAGAUCUGAUUUCCGUUGGGUUUCUUUCUCACAAAUCGAAAUCUCUGUGCGUGGAGACCCCCAACGGACAGGAUGUAUUUUCCUUGAAGCAGAUUGGGGUUUCCGAUUCGAUUGGAAUAUUCAAGAAAGCCGCUAAGCCUCUGGUGGUGAAGGGCGAAGGACACAAGAUCCCGUUCGAUGAUAAUACCUUCGAUUUUAUUUUCUUGGGCGUCGGCCGCCUUGAUCAGUCGUCCCGGCCGGCAGAUUUUGCGAGGGAAAUUGCUCGGACGCUGAAACCCGAAGGGUUUGCUGUCGUCCAAAUUAGGGCUAAAGAUACGUACAGCUUUCAUUCAUUCAUUGAUUUGUUUAAUUGCUGCAAAAUAGUUACAUCACAGGAUAUAGAUGGCCUUGAUUCUAAAACGCCUUUCCUUCGCCAGAUUGUUCUGACGAAGGAGAGCGUUGAUGGUAUUCUUGGUCAUGGUGAUGCGCUAACGCAUCACUCAAAGUCUGACGGUAAGUGUUCUGUUCUCGGAUUUAAGGAAGAACUGGUCCGAAAGGCCGAGCCAUUGAUCUUAGAGGAGCCACUGAAGCCAUGGAUUACAUUGAAGCGGAAUAUUCAAAAGAUAAAAUAUCUGCCAUCAAUGGCUGAUAUUAGCUUCAAGCAGAGGUACGUUUACGUUGAUGUCGGAGCGAGGAGUUACGGGUCUAGUAUCGGAAGUUGGUUUAAGAAGCAGUAUCCGAAACAGAACAAAACCUUCGAAGUUUAUGCCAUUGAAGCUGAUAAAAUUUUUCACGAACAGUAUAGUUCAAAGAAAGGGGUCAAGCUUCUUCCGUAUGCAGCUUGGGUAAGGAAUGAAACAUUGACAUUCGAAAUCAAUAGAAACCCAGGUCAGAAAGUCCAAGAUAAGGGGAGGGGAAUGGGUAGAAUUCGGCCGGCGGUAGCAUCGACGGGGACUUUCGUCGGCGACGUGGAUGAGAUUCAGGGCUUUGAUUUUGCUGAUUGGUUGAAAAAUACUGUUACUGAGAAGGAUUUUGUUGUGAUGAAGAUGGAUGUUGAAGGAACUGAAUUCGAUUUGAUCCCGAGAUUGUUGGAGACUGGUGCUAUUUGCUUGAUAGAUGAGAUAUUUCUCGAGUGUCAUUACAAUCGGUGGCAGAGAUGUUGCCCAGGUGAGAGAAGCGCGAAGUAUCAGAAAACUUAUGCCCAAUGCUUACAUUUGUUUUCUUCCUUGAGGCGAAGUGGAGUUCUAGUUCAUCAAUGGUGGUGAAACAGUCUCUACAUGGGCGUUUGCUUUCUCAAUAAAUCUUCAUCUGCACUGUAAACUACUUAACUUGGAGAUGGAAUCGUAUGCAGAAACAGCGGCGGUGAUUGGUUUGAAAUUCUACUUAGUUCCUGUCAACGUAAUGAACCACAAAUUACUGUCUGAUGAACAGUUGGGUUAAUGCGCCCUUCCUUCUAAGCAAAGCUAUUUUGUAGCAUUAGAUAUAUAGUAGGCUAUAAUCAUACAAUGUAAGUUGAAAUUCAUCUCCUCAUUUUGCAAUACAGCUUUAGAUUUUCUUGUCCA